UCGGCCUGAAAAGGCGAGGGGGGAGCCGGAGGGGAGGCAGAGGAGGCGAGCGAGGCAUCAGCCCGCAGCCCGCCCCCGGCACAUCCUCAGAAGCGCAGACACUCGGCCGGCCGCUGGGCGAGGUGGAGGUGAGGGCGGGCGCCAGCGAACUCGGAGAGCCGCUCGCACACUCGCGGGCGAUCCCAGCCGCCGCCGCCGCCGCCGCCGCCGCCGCACCCGCAGCAGCACCAGCAGCAGCCCCGGCAGCCGCCGCUUCCUGCCUCGCGCUCCCCUCGAGAGACUGGCCAAGCGGGUGUAGCCGCCGGGGGAGGCUCCCGCUGAGGGAACCCGGCGAGGACAAGAGCCCGGAGGCUGGCUGCCUCCCACUCCGCCUGUCCAGCGGUCGGUGUCUCUGCCCGCGUGUGUGUCCCGGGUGCCGCCGGUGGGGGACCUGUGUCAGUUUGCGCCUCUGAGAUCACACAGCUGCCUAGGGGCCGUGUAAUGCCCAGGGCAAGUCUUGGCUUUGAUUAUUAUUAUCAUUACUAUUAUUUUACGCUUGGCUUUCGGGAAACCCUCGUGAUGUUGUAGGAUAAAGGAAAUGACACUUUGAGGAACUGGAGAGAACAUACACGCGUUUGGGUUUGAAGAGAAAACCGGUCCCCCGCUUACCCCAGCUUGCUCCCUCUUUGCUGAUUCCAGAAGCUAUCUCCUAGUGAGGUGGGGAUUCCAGCAAGAAUUAAAGGUGAAGACAGACGGGCCACCAGGACCCAGGAGGGAAACGCUGGCCAUUAGAGACCUUUACAGAAGACACCACAAGGAAGAAAAUUAGAGAGAGGAAAAACACAAAGACAUAAUUAUACGAGAUUCCACAAGCCUAGCCCUGGAGAAAGCCUCUCUUUCAAAAAUGGAUAUGUUCCCUCUUACCUGGGUUUUCUUAGCUCUGUACUUUUCAGGACACAAAGUGAGAAGCCAACCAGACCCACCCUGUGGAGGUCGGCUGAAUUCCAAGGAUGCUGGCUACAUCACCUCCCCGGGUUACCCCCAGGACUACCCCUCUCACCAGAACUGUGAGUGGGUCGUGUACGCACCGGAACCCAACCAGAAGAUCGUCCUCAACUUCAACCCUCACUUUGAAAUCGAGAAACAUGACUGCAAGUAUGACUUCAUUGAGAUUCGGGAUGGGGACAGUGAGUCGGCUGACCUCCUGGGCAAACACUGUGGGAACAUCGCUCCGCCCACCAUCAUCUCCUCUGGCUCCAUGUUAUACAUCAAGUUCACAUCAGACUAUGCCCGGCAAGGGGCAGGUUUCUCCCUACGCUACGAGAUCUUCAAAACAGGCUCUGAAGAUUGUUCCAAGAACUUCACAAGCCCCAAUGGGACCAUUGAAUCUCCCGGGUUCCCAGAGAAGUAUCCACACAAUCUGGACUGCACCUUCACCAUCCUGGCCAAACCCAGGAUGGAGAUCAUCCUGCAGUUCCUGACCUUUGACCUGGAGCACGACCCCCUACAAGUGGGGGAAGGAGACUGCAAAUAUGACUGGCUGGACAUCUGGGAUGGCAUUCCACACGUUGGCCCUCUGAUUGGCAAGUACUGUGGGACCAAGACACCCUCCAAGCUCCGCUCAUCCACGGGGAUCCUCUCCCUGACCUUUCACACGGACAUGGCAGUGGCCAAGGACGGCUUCUCCGCACGUUACUACCUGGUCCACCAAGAGCCGCCUGAGAACUUCCAGUGCAACGUCCCUCUGGGAAUGGAGUCCGGCCGGAUUGCUAAUGAGCAGAUCAGUGCCUCAUCCACCUUCUCUGAUGGGAGGUGGACGCCUCAACAGAGCCGGCUCCAUGGUGACGACAAUGGCUGGACCCCCAACUUGGAUUCCAACAAGGAGUACCUCCAGGUGGACCUGCGCUUCCUCACCGUGCUCACAGCCAUCGCCACACAGGGAGCCAUUUCCAGGGAGACCCAGAAAGGCUACUACGUCAAGUUGUACAAGCUGGAGGUCAGCACGAACGGGGAAGACUGGAUGGUCUACCGGCAUGGCAAAAACCACAAGGUAUUCCAGGCUAACAACGAUGCGACCGAGGUGGUCCUAAACAAACUCCACACGCCACUGCUGACAAGGUUCAUCAGGAUCCGCCCACAGACGUGGCACUUGGGCAUUGCCCUUCGGCUGGAGCUCUUUGGCUGUAGAGUCACAGAUGCACCCUGCUCCAACAUGCUGGGGAUGCUCUCGGGCCUCAUUGCUGAUACCCAGAUCUCUGCCUCCUCCACCCGAGAAUACCUCUGGAGCCCCAGUGCGGCCCGCCUGGUUAGCAGCCGUUCCGGCUGGUUCCCUCGGAACCCUCAAGCCCAGCCAGGUGAAGAGUGGCUUCAGGUGGACUUGGGGACGCCCAAGACAGUGAAAGGUGUCAUCAUCCAGGGAGCCCGUGGAGGGGACAGCAUCUCUGCCAUGGAAGCCAGGGCAUUUGUACGCAAGUUCAAAGUCUCCUACAGCCUAAACGGCAAGGAAUGGGAAUACAUCCAGGAUCCCAGGACUCAGCAGCCAAAGCUGUUUGAAGGGAACAUGCACUAUGACACUCCAGACAUCCGAAGGUUCGAUCCAGUUCCAGCGCAAUAUGUGCGGGUGUACCCCGAGAGAUGGUCACCAGCAGGCAUUGGGAUGAGGCUGGAGGUCCUGGGCUGUGACUGGACAGACUCAAAGCCCACAGUGGAGACACUGGGACCCACCGUAAAGAGCGAAGAGACUACCACCCCGUAUCCCAUGGAAGAGGAUGUCACAGAGUGUGGGGAAAACUGCAGCUUUGAGGACGACAAAGACUUGCAACUCCCUUCGGGAUUCAACUGCAACUUUGACUUCCCCGAAGAGCCCUGCGGUUGGAUAUACGACCAUGCCAAGUGGCUCCGAAGCACCUGGAUGGGCAGUGCCAGCCCCGAUGACCGAACAUUUCCAGAUGACAAGAACUUCUUGAGACUACAGAGCGACGGCCGGCGCGAGGGCCAGUACGGGCGGCUCAUCAGCCCACCCGUGCACCUGCCCCGGAGUCCUGUGUGCAUGGAGUUCCAGUACCAAGCGACCGGCGGCCACGGGGUGGCACUGCAGGUGGUUCGGGAAGCUAGCCAGGAAAGCAAACUCCUCUGGGUCAUCCGUGAGGACCAAGGCAGCGAGUGGAAGCAUGGACGCAUUAUCCUGCCCAGCUACGACAUGGAGUAUCAGAUCGUGUUCGAGGGUGUGAUCGGGAAAGGACGAUCGGGAGAGAUCGCCAUCGAUGACAUUCGGCUGAGCACUGAUGUCCCACUGGAGAACUGCAUGGAACCCAUCUCAGCUUUUACAGGGGGCACCCUCCAGCCAGGGACCGAGCCCACAGUGGACACGGUGCCCGUGCAGCCCAUCCCAGCCUACUGGUAUUACGUUAUGGCGGCCGGGGGCGCCGUGCUGGUGCUCGUCUCCGUCGUACUGGCCUUGGUGCUCCACUACCACCGGUUCCGCUAUGCGGCCAAGAAGACCGAUCACUCCAUCACCUACAAAACCUCCCACUACACCAACGGGGCCCCUCUGGCGGUGGAGCCCACCCUAACCAUUAAGCUAGAGCAGGAGCGGGGCUCGCACUGCUGAGGGCCGAAGCAGGAACAGCGCCCAAACAGACAAGAAAGACUGCAAACACGUUGCCUCGAUUUUGCACUUUUUUUUCUCCUCGCCUAGUCUCUGCGUCAACCCUCAGACCGCUCUCUCCAGGGUCUCCAACCCCGGGCACUCUUAUCCGCCCCAGCCAUUCUCUGUGCUCCUUGGUUCCUACUUCUCUUUGCUCUGUUAUUUUUGUUUGUUUUCCUUAUCAUUAUUUUUCCUUUUAAUCUUCUCUUUUAUUCCCUUCCUUCUUCCUUUCUUUUCUCCUUCCUUCCUUUCCUUCUUUCCUUCCUUUCUUCCCUCCUUCCUUCUUUUCUUUCCUUUUACAUGAUUCUAAACCAACAAAACCCAACUCUAAUGCUGCAUCUGGAAUCCCAGAAGAGAUCCGCCCCUAAGCACUUCACAACCCAAGGCUCAGUUGGUUUUGUUCCAGAGACAGGCUCUCUUGUUUUCUCCCCUCCUUGCCUUAUCCCAUCCCUCCUCUCCUGGGCAGGCUGCCAGGUGUCUUGAAGGGAGCCUGGUUCUGUAUGUAUGUACACAGUACACUCCCAUGUGAAGAGGUGUGUGUGUGUGUGUGUGUGUGUGUGUGUGUGUGUGUGUGUGUGUGUGUGUGUGCGCGCGCGGUGGGUGUGUGAGGGAGAGACUGACUCACUGUGGAGGGGGGGAGUGUGUGGGUGUGUGUAGAGAGGGGCUCUUCACUCUUGUGUUACUUCUCCUGGGGUACAUUUUACAAGAAAAUAAUAUACUGUACACAUUUUGUUUACUUGGAGAAGAAACGGAAGCUUUUUUGUUGCCUUAUCUAGCUCUCGCUGGCUGGGUUUUUGUUGGCCGUCAUUGUCAUCUCCAGGUACCUAGAAAAAGAGAGGCCACAUGGAAUACGAUGUGGCUGCACCCAUCCUUAUCCCCAUCCCCAACCCACCUGACCCAAGAGGAUGGUUCCUCCAGGGCACUCAGACAUGACCCCUUGUGUUAUGUCUCCCGGUGUCUUUGAAGUCACGAGAUAACAGUCAUUGGGUUCAUGGAGCCAUCCUUACUUCCAGCCCUGAAGCAAAUGUGUCUCAUGUUGCCUUAUAAAAGAAAAAAAGAAGAAGAAGAAAGUUCAUAAUGAAUGUUUAGCUCUGAUGGUCCAAUCAUGGAAUAAGUCAUAAAGACUAACACACCUGGGAUGAUGUCAGUGCAGUAGUUUGUUUAAAUUGAGAGCAGGAGGGGGAAGACAGAAGAGAGGAGAUGGAGGGACUCAUGUUAUCUUUGGAAAGUCUCCUCACCCCAGAACAUCAUCGCAUUGAGCCUAACGUGGGAUGGGGUUGAGAAAAAGGUAUUCUUUGGUAUUAUUUUGGUCAUUGUAAUAGCGUUUGUAAACCGUGAGGGAGGGGGUUAUUUGCUUUUUUUUUUCAUGGUGUUAAUGUGUGCCUGAAUCUUUAGCUACUGAAGUAUAAGGCUGUCCACCUGACUUAAUCAGAUGUUAUAAGAAAACAGAAAGGAAUCAUUUGCUGAAAUGUACCGGUGUGCUGCCCCUUAAAGCAUUCAUGGCAUCUAACCUGAUGGGCUGGCCUGCCAUCUGCAGAUGCCAUGGCUUGGGCAAAGAGAAGGUGCAUCAUAGAGGCACAGCCAUCACUGCCUACUCUUCUCCCAAACAACGCACGGGGGGGGGGGGGGGGAUGUUAGUGAGCAGCUGCCCAAGGAUUCUGUGCAAAGAAAGGAUUAAAUAACAAAGUCAAUCUCAUUGCAAGAAAGUGUAUAUUUGAAGAUUUUGGGUAUACUAGGGCUCAGUCUUGGAGGCGUUUGUUUUCUACUUUCCACUGAAAAAGCCUCUUGGGAAGUGUACAAUUCUCUCAAGAUAUACUGGUCAGAUACAUCUCCAGACACCUUCUAAGAACAAAAUACUAAUGAUUCUUUUUUUUUUUAAUUGCUUGGGAGAGAGCCGCUCAGCAUUCUUUCAGAGUAGCCAGCUAGGUCCCCCUAGCUCGCUCUCAGCCUUUGCAUCUGGUUCCUUUCAUCCUCCUGAAAGGACACGGUCUCCCACUCUUCACUGUUUCAAAGAGCUACUCUGUCUCAACUACAGCAGCUCUGCCAUGAAAAGAAAAGAUGAAAGGCUAGAGUGUGGCUACUUUGAGCUGUCCUACCUCAAUGAAAGAUGGAGAAGGAAGCGUGAGCAGGAGGUGGGCAGCAGCCCUGGGUGGGAGAGAACCAUGCCAGUCACCAAGGGCUCUUGUUUUUUUUAAAUCAGGAUUGUUCCCCUCUGGCUGAGCACUUAGGGCCAGGCAUUCCUUGCAAAUGAUUGACAUUCCUACAGGUGCCCUGUGGAGGCAUCAGAAAACCACAGCUAGAAAAACCCAUCUGGUGUAGCCAAAGCAAGAUGGCAGGCACUUUGUGAGCUUGCUCUGUGCUCAUCCGAUGCCCUCUGCAGGCAACAUCAUAUUCAUGUACACGUCACAGAUGAGAAGAUGGUGAAUCCCAUGAUACCCUUCAGCUGUGAUUCAUGCUUAAGUGCUCUCUCUCUCUCUCUCUCUCUCUCUCUCUCUCUCUCUCUCUCUCUCUCUCCUGCUCCCCCACUCCAGCAUCUUUCAUAGUAUUUUCUAAAAAGGGUAGCUUAUGUGUAAAAAAAAAAAAAUGCCAUGCCUUGCUGCUUUAAAAAGCAAAAUUCCUAUCCAGUUAGGGAGGAAAGCAUCACUCUUGUCCAAGAAAACUGGACUGGACAGAUGAAUACAUGCAUGCUGGAGUGUAGCGUUGCUUCCCAGAAGACAACGUGGUGAAACUAGCUGUUAAAACAUGAAAGAGUGCAUGAGUGAGGUGAAGGGCCAGCUGAGGCUGGAAAGCGUUUGCCUGGCUAGAGGUCUCACAAGAACCCUUCCUUGAGAGGAUGCUAGCAGCUGCCCUCACCUACUGCUGGCACACGCAGGAAAAACAAAUGUAGCAUUGCCGUUGACAAAACGGGACGCCGGAAGAAAAAAAAAUAUCCUUUCUCCCGUCCCACUCUUUUUGAUUAGAACCAGAACGGGCAAUCCAGUCAUAUCUUUGAGGUCGAUACCCCCAUCUUUUAAAAGACCCCAUCUUUAAAAUAAAAACUUAGCAGGCAAGCAAACACCUAAAAGGUCAAAAAUUACCAAAGAACAACAAAACAAGAAAUCCUAAAGAUUUUUAACUUCCGGUUCUUAUGCCCUCUCCCUCUAACUGUGACACCCCUUGCCUCGCUCAGCUGCCUGUGUGUCAAAAUAACUUGUGGAUGUUGAACACUAUUUGAAAAUGUAUUGUGUGGAAUGUAAUAAAAUGAUGAUAUUUUUAUACAAA